GUUUAUCUCAACUGUGGAAUAAGUGAAAAGAGGUUUAGCGACACGCCUGAGCGACAGUGUUGUUUCGUAUAAGGUAACACUAAAUCUGCAUCAUGGGAUCCAGUGAGAGCAAGAUGGUUGUUUCUGCACCAGUAAAACAUCAAGUAGUCUUCAAAAAGAGUCGAGUCAGUGAACUCAUGGAUCCACGCUCACCUUCAACAGGAAUCGACCGGACACCCAUUCAGGUCCCUGUGUCCAAAACUGAGUGUCCGCUGGCAUUCACUGAUCCCCGCUCACCUACUAUUGGCAUUACCCGUACCCCUGUGAGAGAAGUCAUGAGAGCGACAGUUGGGUCCUUUGCCCGCCGCCUGGGCAUGCUUUUACACACUGAGACUGAAGGCAAAGUCCCCGAAGCCCCUCAGAAAAGCUUAAAUGAUGCCGUGGAGGAGGAGAGGGUCUCUGAGAACGAGGAGCUGGCUUCCACUGAGCCCCUCCUGACUCCUCAGCCCUGCCGCACCUUUGGCUCCAUGGAUGAUCACGCCAACCUCCUGGCCACGCCUGUGCAGCCUCCUCUCCUCAGUGUGGGUGACUCGAGCCCCUUUGUGCUUCUUGAGCAGCCCCAAGUGGAGGUGGAGAUAGAAACUGAAGCUGACAUCAGCCUGGACGAGGCUGAAGAAGCAAGAGAGUCUCCUCUUCACAAGAGGCUGAGCAUGAGCUUGAUAACGUGCCAUGAGGGGGCGACGUCGACCCAGAUCUUUGCUGAGGUGCAUCGAGACAGCACUUCAUCUCCAGUGCCGGCUGUGGACCUGGAGCCACUCAGGAACGGAGUGGAUCACUGUUACGCCCUUCCCUCUAUCACUGUUGAACCAGAGUCCCCUGCUGAGCCGUCCCUCCCCACUGACUCCGAUGGUUCUCCAGCUCAGGUGUCCCCUGCACAUGCAGAGGAGGCAGAGCCAUCCUCUGAGGACGCCAAAGAGCUUGUUGAAGAACCGUAUGUGCCUCCUGCACCAGAGCCACCGACUGUCCCCAGCCCAGAGCAGCCACAGCUCCGCACCGGCAUCCGUUGCCCCACCUUCGACUCAAAGAGCCCCAGCCAGGUUGUGUUCAAACCGCAAUGGUUGGGAAAAAAUUUUGGUGCCACCGGACUGAGAGCAAGAGCAGUGCAGGGUGGAAAAGGAGGCUCCUCUCCUCUCGCUGUCCGCAUGGCCGUGAAGAAAGUAACCAAUGAGAACCAGGGGCAGUCUGGGAAACCAAAGCAGAAAGGUACUGAAGGUCGAUCCCCGCUGCAGAUCCUUAAGGCGACCAACUCGCCGAGGGAACAACGUCCUCAGAUGAAGCUGAAGGUGUCCACCCCAGAUAAGCAGCGGCUCGGACAGAUGGACCGCAGAGUGCUGGCAGUGUCUCUGGAUAAGGAGAACCGAUGAUUCACUGCAGCGACGUGUACAGAAUCCUGCCGCUUUUAUAUCUCUUAAAACAAGCUUUUAUGUGUACAGCUUUCUUAAACUGAUUUGUGUGUAUAUUACUUUUCUCACUGCAGUUUUCUAUCCCGUUUUGUUCUCUUGUAAAUAAAACUUAUUUGCAUUCAUACUUCAGCUUUAAAUCUCUGUAUUGGUUGUAAAUAUUGCUAUUGUUUCUCUUGAGCUCUACUUUUUUUCUGAGAUACUUUUUAGUCUUUAUUUCUGCCCAAACUGAAUUAAAAAAACACCAUCCUAAAUAUUUAUUUUGUAAAAACAAAUUCCCUGCAUCUGCUAUUUGAAUCCCACAACUUCUGCCAUUGUUCGUGCCUCUUCAUCCCCAUCAUUAGUUAAUGGUUUGU